AUGACUUCUGCCUACGUUCUCGCCGGUCUUCUGGUGGCUGCGGCCAUCACCGCUGCUGCAGGAUCCUCGUCCACUUCCUGCAUGAACAUUACCAUCAGCAACAUUCUAGACAUUGGCACUUGCAUCGGUAAUUCCGCGAACUACUGUGGCAGUACUUCGGGCAGUGCCGCAACUCAAGGAAUCAGCAAGAUUACCAAUUGCGUCAUUCAAGGAGUCGUCCAGAAUGGCUCCCCUCAAGGCAUCGUCAACGCACUGGUCCCCCUGCUACUUAUUAUCGUCAACCGUGACUUACCCACCGGCAUCAACCUUCCCAUGGUUCCCAUGCUGGGAAACAUGAAUCUGUGCAACUCGAGCGGCUGCCUGGGCUUCCUCAUCAAGAACGACAGCUGCGACGGCUCCAUCAACAUCGGUCUCCCUUCCAUGGGCAACAUCAGCACGAGUCUCAAGGAUUCCAUGGACUGCCAGAUUAACAAAUCUUUCCUUCUGAAGUGA